GCUCCGCCCCCGCAGGUGCGGGAAGCUGAAGCCGGGAAACAUGGUGGCCUCCUGCUUUCUCAGCAGGGGUUUGACAGCCCUGGCAGGGUUGCUGCUUUUCUCCUUCGGCAGCUUGGCCGCUAGUCAGAUCGAGGAUCAAGCAGAACAGUUCUUUAGAAGUGGCCAUACAAACAACUGGGCUGUUUUGGUAUGUACAUCCCGGUUCUGGUUUAAUUAUCGACAUGUUGCAAAUACUCUCUCUGUUUACAGAAGUGUCAAGAGGCUAGGUAUUCCUGACAGUCACAUUGUUCUGAUGCUUGCAGACGAUAUGGCAUGCAACCCUAGAAAUCCCAAACCAGCUACAGUGUUUAGUCACAAGAAUAUGGAACUAAAUGUGUAUGGAGAUGAUGUGGAAGUGGAUUAUAGAAGUUAUGAGGUAACUGUGGAGAAUUUUUUACGGGUAUUAACUGGCAGGAUCCCGCCUAGUACUCCUCGGUCAAAACGUCUUCUUUCUGAUGAUAGGAGCAAUAUUCUUAUUUAUAUGACAGGACAUGGUGGAAAUGGUUUCUUGAAAUUUCAAGAUUCUGAAGAAAUUACCAACAUAGAACUUGCAGAUGCUUUUGAGCAAAUGUGGCAAAAAAGACGCUACAAUGAGUUACUGUUUAUUAUUGAUACUUGUCAAGGAGCAUCCAUGUAUGAACGAUUCUAUUCUCCUAACAUAAUGGCUUUAGCUAGUAGCCAAGUGGGAGAAGAUUCACUCUCGCAUCAACCUGAUCCUGCAAUUGGAGUCCACCUUAUGGAUAGAUACACAUUUUAUGUCUUGGAAUUUUUGGAAGAAAUUAAUCCAGCUAGCCAAACGAAUAUGAAUGACCUUUUUCAGGUAUGUCCUAGAAGUCUCUGUGUGUCUACCCCUGGACAUCGCACUGACCUUUUUCAGAGGGAUCCUAAAAAUGUCCUGAUAACUGAUUUUUUUGGAAGUGUACGGAAAGUGGAAAUUACAACAGAGACUAUAAGUUUGCAACCAGAUUUAGAAAUCAUGGAAAACAGAUAUGAGAAAGACUGGAUGAAUGAGGAACUAAUGGAACCACUGAAAUAUGCUGAACAACUUCCUGUAGCUCAGAUAAUACACCAGAAACCAAAGCUGAAAGAUUGGCAUCCUCCUGGGGGUUUUAUUCUGGGAUUGUGGGCACUCAUUAUAAUGGUUUUCUUCAAAACAUAUGGAAUCAAGCAUAUGAAGUUCAUUUUCUAGAUGUGUGAAGAAGACGGCAUAGAAGACUGCAACCUUGGAUAAAAUUUUACGUCAUUAUGCUUUUUAAAAAAUACAUUGUUCUUGUGUGAAUUGGGCAAAAAGUAUAGGGGAACUAAAUUUGAAUGAACUAUUUUAUAACUUAAAGAAAAACAACUGUUAAUGCAGGUGCUUAGUAGCACUACUUAUACUUUUUUUUGUUGUGCAUGUUAUUAAAAAGAUUGGACAAAGAUCAGAGUAUAUUUAAUGGCUGUUUUUGAAAAUAAAAAAUUUCCCUAUCUUA